UUAUAUUCGAGGAAGAGCCAUCCAACCACGUACUGUCCUGUGCCUGCACAGUAGAGACUUAAGCCAAGUGGAGGAGAUAUCAUGGCCAAUAUAAGCCCGUCUGCCUUUUUGGCUGCAGCAAUUGCUGCGCUGUUCAUUUUCCUCGCGAGACUCAACGCCAAUCGCCAACAUGUUCGAAAGCUGCAAGCAGCCAACGCCCCAAUGCCAACGUAUCACCCUGUCUUCGGCCACUUCAUCGCGCUGAAAGAGUGCAUCCAAGCCCUCCCGCGAAACUCGACGAUACACCUUGUCGUCCAGUUAAUGGCUAGACAGUUCCCUGAAGGGAUCUUCUACCUCAACUUGUGGCCUUUCAACUCAACUCUCAUGGUAGUUACCGAUCCCUUCGUGGCGUCACAGGUUGAGAAUGCUUUUCUCGAUAAGCCCGAGGCCAUGUGUAGCACCCUGGAAGUCAUUAACGGUGGUCCAUCGCUGAUGACAAUGCACGGGGCAACAUGGAAGAAGUGGCGCGGUCUCUUCAAUCAGGGAUUUGCCCCCGGUUAUAUUACGGGACUUGCUCCCGCCAUGGCUGAGGAGGUCGCUGUCUUCUGUGACUUGCUUCGAAAGCUUGCGGGCCAGGAUCAGGUAUUUCCAUUGGAAGAAUAUACAUUGCGGCUGACAUUCGACAUCAUCGGUCGGGCGACGCUAGAUGCACGACUCCGUUACCAGACGCAAGGUAGUGCGCUCGCCGAAUGCCUUCGGAGACAGGUUUUGUGGACACCUUUCGCCACGACUUACAACCCAUUCCGCCGCUGGUUGACCAUACGUCCAUUCAUCCAGAAAUACAAUAGCUAUCGGAUGAACCGGUAUCUUGAUGUGGAAAUUGAGAAGCGCUUUAAAGAGCGUGCUCUGGCGGGGUCGAUGUCGUCGCCGUCCAAGUCAGUCAUUUCUCUGGCGAUGGAAAAAGAAUUGGGUGCGGGACAGAUGUCAGAGAAAACCUUCAAAGAAGUUGUGAAGCCACAGCUCCGCAUGUUCCUCUUUGCCGGUCACGACACAACGAGUAGCACGCUGCUGUACUGUUACCUGUUGCUCUCCCGCCACCCCGAGGUCCUCGCCAUGGUCCGCGCUGAGCAUGACAAAGUGUUUGGCCCAGAUUUCUCAACUGAACAUUGCUCCAGUAUGAUCGCUAGCGAUCCGACGCUCCUCAACGAGAUACCUUACACAUUGGCUGUCACCAAAGAGGUCCUUCGCAUAUUCCCCCCUGCAGCAAGCCUGCGCGAGGGCCGUCCGGAUCUUAUCCUCACAGAUGAGCAGGGGCGACAGUACCCGACUGAAGGCUGUCAUAUAUGGACGCUCAGUCUCGUGAUGCACCACCGCCCUGAUGUCUUCAUAAGACCUGAGGAAUUCAUACCCGAACGCUGGCUCGCCAGUCCCGGGGAUCCGCUUUACCCGAAGAAGGGCUCCUGGAGGGCCUUUGAAUGGGGCGCCCGCGCAUGCAUUGGCCAGACGCUUGCGCAGUUGGAACUCCGGGUUGUGCUUGUCAUGACGGCAAGAAUGUUUGAUAUCACUCCUGCAUACGACGAGUGGGACCGGAUGCAUCCUCGGACAGGCAUGAAGACGGCAAAUGGGGAACGCGUUUACCAGGCCGAGCUUGGAGGCGGAGGAGCUCAUCCAGCUGAUGGAUUUCCAGUCAGAAUUGCGCUGCGCAAGUAGCAUAGUGAUGGCGUCAAAAGGCUUUUUGCCAGCAUCUCGGUGGUUAGAGAUGGUUGCGCUAGCUGCCUACAUGUGUGGCUCGACUUCCCGAGCAAGAAAAUGCUUAACUAAAUGCCAGCCUGACGAGAAAUGCAUAUGUCAUUUACAUUCUGAAUUUGGGGUAAUCACUUUAGGCAGGCGGA